CUACAGAAGUAGAAGAUCCACAGGGUCGUCGCUAGUCAACACAGCCACAAAGUCAUACGACCUAUUUCUACAAUUUCUCUUCUUAAAAUCAGAUUUUAAGCCUAAACUUAACCACACGGCUAACCACACGGUCCACACGGUCUAGCCCUAAUCUUAAAUUAAGACCAAAAAUUUAUUCGUUUUUAUGAUUUUUGGACGAUCGGCCUGAGGCUAAUUUUCAGUUUGUGGCUGUGCUAUUUAGUAGAAACCGAUCCACAGAAGGGGAAAAAAGCCUAACCCGGAAGUGCUUCAUUGGUGGUGUAACAUCAUAAACGAGCCGUGCUUUCAUCGAGGUUGCCAGCUAGUUAGUCGUCUGGUCGCCAGAUAUGCUUUCUAAAACGAUUGGUUGAUGUAAGGUAUGAAUUGUAGCGUUUUAACUGACGUUUCCAUCCUUAGACCCAAGAAUGGACGGGCCGCCUGUAUGCUAGCUAACAUGCUAACGUUAGCUAGCAUUUCCUUGAGAGUCGAUAGGAUUGCUUGAUAUAUUUUUGCACGGUUACCGGCUGGCAUAGACAAACCAACAGUGUGACUGAAAUAACCGUUUCUGCCCAGAAUUAGUUCAUAACGUCACUGUGCUGUAGAAGAGGAAUCUGUUUUGUAUUUUACUAGUCCAUUUGGCUAGACAGAUAGCUACCCAAGGCCAGAUAGGCAUUACGUUUAGGGAAAGCGGUCAUCAUCAUGGCCAGUAUUGACGUGAGUACAAGCAAAGAUGGACCUGUCAACGGGCACACGUCAUGGGCUUGCAAAUCACAGAAGCGCCAACUCUCUGACAUCCUUCUCCCAGUACAGUCAAGUAUCGACACUGACAUCAGUCAGAUCGACAGAGACACACCAAACGGGUGUGUUCCACUGCUCCUGGAGCAGGUUGAGCAGGGGUCUCCGUGUGUCAUCACCCUGUGCUGUGCACCCCACUGCCCUGCCCUCAUCACCAGCCUGCUGGUGACCAGCGAGGCCCGCACAAUCGAGGUCUACUCCCAGGCUGGAGACUACUGUGGCACCAGUCGCGGGGAAAGAGACCCCAACACACAGCCUGACAGUGCAGAGAGAGGACCCUUCUACAGGAAACACUUAAUAUUGGAGUCCCCUGCCGCAUCAUGUGAGGUGAAGCUGCUGUCUCUUGGUGGGCGAGGGAGCGUGGCUGUGGCUCGUGUCGUGAUGGGCCUACAGACACUGACACCUGUGGACUGCUCUCUGAGCCUGGGGCCCAGCAUCGACAUGCUCCGUGUGCAGUCCAUGGUGGAGGAGAUGGGCGCCAGCCUCUCACCGGGGGCCCAGAGCCUCAUGAACAUGGUCCAGUUUCAGCAGAAGAACAAAGCUGACUCGCUGAGUGGGUUUCUGCCCCUCCUCGUGAGCAGUGGGGCUCUCUCUGCUCUUGCUAGAGUAACUAACGGACCCUCUUCAGCUCCAGCUGACAUUCAACACCCCUCAGUCAACACUAGCCUCCAGCCAGACGAGAUGUCUGACUCUGCCUCCUCAGAUCCAUGGCCCCAGUCUCGUGCAGCCUGCGAUACUCACACCAGCCUGGCAGACAUGAUGUCACCCUUUCUUAACGGCCAGCCAGGAGGACAGAGGCCAUGCAUCAGCCCAGACUUGCUCCCUAUGCUGCAGAGUGUGUGUGGGCAGGUGACUCAGCUCCGCAUCGAGGAUGCCUCAAAGACAUCCAACGGCCCGCGGCAGGAGCAUGCAUGCUGCAGAGGGCUGGAGCAGGUCCUGGAGAGAUGUCUGGGUGAGAUGGAGAGGAGGCUGAUGGAACACAUGGACCAGCGACUGGAUGCCAUGCAGCUGCGCCUGGAAACGGCCUUACUGCAGACCCUGGCCCUUCCCCUUAACCACCUCAAGACCACAGCACCCACGCCUGACCAGCCUCAGGCCCUGCACUAACUCCAUCCCAACUCCGGCCUCUACCCAAACCACAGCCCCUGCCACAUCCCCUACCCCAGCCCCCACUGACUUUAGCCCAUUGCAUUGGCUCCAGCCCCUACCUUAUCCCCAGCCCUAGCCCCCACUGACUCCAGCCCCUACCUUAUCCCCUGCCCCAUGCACAGCCCCUACACUGGCUGCGACCAAUAACCCACACCCAAUAACCUGAACCCAAUCACCCAACUCCCCAGAGACAAGCUGCUUAUUUUACUGUAGUUUUACCACUUGUGCAUGUUUGUAAAAUAAUGUCUAACUGUUGUAAAUUUGACUCCUUUUCAUAUUCUGUGUAUUAACAGACUGGUUUAAAUAACUGCACUGUAUGAUCAAGAGUGAAAAUAAAUAUAUUUAUACUGUAACAAAA